CACUAGGAACGAUAAUACUCACACUACAACCGCAUUCAGCCCGUUCCUGUAGCAUUGCGUUGUCUCGUACGCAAAUGCCGUGCUCGAUGAACAGAGUUCUGACUGCGACACCUUUGAAUGCAUCCUGUUCUUUACUGGGUUUAUAUCAGAGCAAACGUGCGGCAGUGAUCCUGUUUCCUUGGGAUCCUGAUUCGUGUAUGCAAUAAUCACGCACUUUUUCAAACGCAAUGACGUUGUAUAGUGUGACCCUACUCUUGGCCAGAUCGAUUAUUCAGGUCAAAGUUCCUGUCACCUGUGGAAGCCAUAUAAAUAGUCGCAGCUUCUCCCACAUUCCCCAGAGACUUAGUGCACACUUUGUCUUGACCUCUCUCUCGCCCCAGCUUACGUCUAACCACUUCACAAUGUCUAGAUUGUCCUUCACUCUAAAUGAUAGCAACAAGAUCCCAUGGCUCGCCUUCGGCACUGGGACAGCGUUGUACACCAAGGAGGCUAAGAAGGAAGUCAUUCAAGCCAUAUCUCAUGGCAUCACUCAUCUCGACGGUGCUCAAGUCUACGGCAAUGAAGCAUCUAUCGGAGAUGCCAUCGCUGAGUCUGGCGUACCUCGUUCUUCUCUCUUCGUUACUACGAAGUUAUGGGACGUGCCUGCCGGAAAGACCGUCCGGGAUACCUUGGUGGAGUCCCUUCGCAAACUUAAGGUUGACUACGUCGAUCUCUUCCUUAUCCACAAUCCCCAACUGCACCCGGAUCUGAAAUCCGUGUGGAAGCAGCUUGAGGAGUUGAAGAAGGAAGGCUUAUCGAAGAGCAUUGGUGUAUCGAACUUCCGUAUCAAGGACCUCGAGGUCAUCCUCCCUGGCGCGGAGAUCUUGCCUUCCGUUAACCAGAUUGAGUACCACCCGUACGUUUUCAAAGCUAGCAAGCCUUUGAUCGACUUCCUCAAGAAGCACACGAUCGUACCGACCUCUUAUGGAGGCCUGACUCCCGUCAACCGAUUCAAGGGUGGUCCUUUGGAUCCAGUCCUCGAGAAGAUAGCAAAGAGAUUGGGUGAGACUCGUGGCAAGCCUGUGACCUCCGGUCAAGUCCUCCAGGUGUGGCUCCGCCAACAAGGUGUACCCGCAAUCACCACCACUUCGAAAGCCGAGCGACUCCUUGAGUACUUGGACGUCGAGACCAUUCCCGAUCUCACUUCCGAGGAGGUCAAAGAGAUCGAAGAGACAGGUUCGGAGGUGCACCACCGAGUAUUCGUGCGUACUUCACGUUCUGACUCUCGGCUGGUGACUAACUUGAACUGUUAUGUUCACAGAUGAAGUGGAUCGAUGAGGAUCCGUAGAGUCCUUAGACAUCUAGACGUGAAUUGUACUUAUGAUGGAUUUGUAGCAGGAGAAUAACUUUGUGUGUAUCAGUAUAGAAUGUAACCGAGGUGUAAAUAUUCCGCACAGACUUCGCUAAUAGUGAUGAUGAAUAGUGCAUGAUUUCUGCU